UCCCAACCCUUCGCUUUCCUUUCGCACCCACUCGGAACGGGUUGGGGUUUGGUUUUUUUUUUUCCCGGAGGCGGAGCCGGAGCCGGCGCUUUCCCCGUACCUGCCCGGCUGCUGGGCUCGGCUUCACCGAACGAGGCGCCCGGAACCGCCGGGGAACAGGGUCGGGUGGCGCCGGGGCCGCGGCGGGCCGGGCGCCGCGGAGGUUCCCGCGCGGCGCAGGAAAAGCUGUUCUCCCUCUUGGCUGGAGGGCCACCGCACGGCUUCCUGGUCUCCAUCUGUGGGGGUUUAUGUCGGUAUCAAAGCAGAAUGGAUCGUUAUCGAUAUUUCAUCUUUAACCAGAGGAGCAUGGUGGUGCUGGGGCUAUUCCAGAUAGCCUUCAGCACCCUGUGCGUCGUCAGCGGGUUCGUAGAUGCCAUUUUCAGAAUGGAGUCUCAGCUGGGCAAAACUAGAGCUCCAAUUUGGGCUGGCAUGGUGAUGGGAGUCCCGGGAGUUCUGGCUUUGUUUUCCUCUCAGAGGAAGAAUCCAGUUCUCGUGAAUGUACUGAUAGUUGCCUCCAUAACCUCUUGUGUUGCCAUCCUCAUUGUGGUAAUUUAUAGCUCCCUCACACUCAACUAUGGUGAAGAGGAGGAGGCGAGCUCUGUCCCAGUCCACAUUAUCCAUACAAAGUUCGUACUUCAUAGAGUAGUGAAGGGUGCUAGUGUGGCCAUGCUGGCUGCAGCUGUGGGCAGCGCCUGUGUUGUGCUGGUGAUGGCUUACUUGGGGUGCCGGAGCCUGCCACUCUGCUCUUGCUACGACAGCGUAACUGGCAUGGAAUGGUUGCAACCUAGCGAGGACCAAAAUCAGGCUGUGGAAAUGGAUUGCUCUGUAGAAAGUCCUGGGGGCAGAAUUUUUAACUUUCCAGAUCGAUUUCCAGCCCAGGACCUGGAUGCAGAGGAAGAUGCAUCCAAACCUCCACCAUAUAUCAGAAUGGCUUGAAAAAGUGGUCCAGCAUUUUGCAGCUACUGAUCUGAAAAGGUGGCAAGAUGGAUGUAAGAAGUUCUUCUUCUUUAAAAUAGUUGAGCACUUUCCUUUGGCCUUUUGAAAAGCAGAAAGAGAAAACUGUUGAAUGCCCAACAUAAAGCGAAGACCACAGUGCAAAGAAGAAGAUCUGCAGAUGUUUUUGGACAUUCAGACUUUGUAUAGUUACAACACCUCAUUGCCUCUGGACAGCGUGAGCAUCUUUUCCUCCAGCUUUUGUACUUACAUCAUAUUUUAUUCCACUAGGAUUCUUUGUGUGGUUUGUCUAGCAGUGCUAGCCUUAGGCAUUCAAAUAUUAAAUACAAUGAUAUUUUUAAAGAAACUGUCGGUUUCAAAGUAAGUUCUCAUCUUGAGAAAAUGCUGUGAGUGGUGGGAUCACAUCCACCACGGGCCAUGUAACUCCAGGAAAGAUCUUGGGUAGCAGUUAUCUUUUAUUGCAGCAGAUGAAGUGCCUUUCCCACUCCCCAAAGCAAAGGCAAUUCAAUUGUUCUUGCUUGAAGAUGUUUUGCACCUUUUGUUGUAACUUUGAACGGAAAAACCACCCUAAGCUGCAUAUUGAGGAAGUCCUCGUGGACCCUGGCACCGCUUUGUAAGGAAGGUGCCUACCGAGUGUCCCCAUUGCUGACUUCAGCCAUUAAGUGUACUAAUUGCUGGCUUUAUAAAGAAAAAAGGUACUGGGAUUAUGAAGAAUGGUACUGGGAUUAUAAAGAAAGGUACUGGGAUCAAGAGAGAGCCCUAAUCGCUAGCCCCCUGCUGCAACCCUUUACUGCUCACUCAUCGCUUCUCUGCUGCCUGGCUGCCCCCAUCCCUCUCUGCUCACGCCAGCAGCUUCACUCAAGGCUGCAGGUCGUGUUCUGCCAGCUGGAAGUUUGGCUACAUGUCACAGUAGCCAUAUUCUUUCUGGCUUUGCUUCUAAAUGCCUUCGUGUGUUUGCAUACA